GAGUUGAGAGCCAAGCUUCUCUCACAUGAGAGUGAGAGAGAGAGCGAGAGAGAGAGAGUGAAAGAGUGUGUGUGUGUAGAGCGGCGUUCAUCUCAUGCUGAGCUGCAGCCACACGUGAGCACUGGGAAAACACUGGCACACGCUCAGACUGCAGCUGGAAAAAUCCACAGAGAUUCAACAGCAACCUGGAGCUUCAUCAUCAGCCUCAUCGUCUUCCUCAUCUGGGUUGGAUCAUGGCUGCGCACUCAGAGCUGCGUUCUUCUUAGCACACACGGAGUGUUCGAGUGGGCAUCAGAAGAGGAAGGAGGGGCAUCAUGAUCUCUCACUACCCCCUGGCAUCUCUGCUGCCGUGGACACCGCUGCCCCUCUGCCUGGAGCUGGACACUGACGGGGGAGUGGCACUGCAGAGAUACCAGCCACGGUCACCCGACAGCAGCCCUCGACACUGGAGCUCAGUGCAGGACUGGGGUGAGGAGGUGGAGGAGGGGGCCGUUUACAGCGUCACACUCAAGAGGGUCCAAAUCCAACAAGCGGCCAACAAAGGGGCAAGAUGGCUGGGGGUGGAGGGCGAUCGGUUGCCCCCAGGUCACACGGUCAGUCAGUUAGAGACGUGUAAGAUCCGCAGUAUUCGUGCAGGGACACUGGAGCGGCUAGUGGAGACUCUGCUCACGGCGUUUGGAGAUAACGAUCUCACCUACACCAGCAUCUUCCUGUCCACCUACAGAGCCUUUGCCAGCACACACAGCGUCCUGCAGCUGCUGCUCGACAGGUACGGACACAUGGAGGACAGUGACAGAGAUAGCAGUCAGAGUCAAGCCGGAGAAAAUCGAGGCGCCGUGAGAACGGCACUAGCGUCCAUCCUGAGGGCAUGGUUAGAUCAGUGUCCUGAGGACUUUCAGGAGCCGCCAUCUUACCCGAGUCUGCACAGGGUUUUAGGGUUUCUGAAGAAGGCCAUGCCGGACUCAGAGCCGACGCGGAAAGCACAGAGCCUGCUGGAGCAGCUACAGGGUCAAUCCAAUGGGGAGAGCGAAACAGACGGUGGUUUCCACGGUAACAGCCCUUUCUGCCUGGGUGAGGAUGAGGAAGUGGAGAUUGAGGUUCAGGAGGACUUCCUGUCCUUCGGUGCAGACCUGGUGGCCGAGCAGCUCACCUACAUGGACGCGCUCCUCUUUAAGAAGGUGGUUCCUCAUCACUGUUUGGGUUCCGUUUGGUCUCAGAGAGAUAAGAAGGAGAACAAGCAGGCAGCUCCCACCGUUAGGGCCACCAUCACCCAGUUUAACGCUGUGGCCGGUUGCGUGGUGAGCACCGUCCUCCACCCCCGACACCUGAGACCACACCUACGUGCACGGAUCAUCCAGCACUGGAUCGACAUUGCACAGGAAUGCCGCAUUCGUAAGAACUUCUCCUCCCUGAAAGCCAUCGUCUCGGCCCUGCAGUCCAACCCCAUCUACAGACUGAAGCGAGCGUGGGCCUGCGUACACAAAGACAGCAUGCAGAUGUUCGAGGAACUCUCAGACAUCUUCUCAGAUCACAACAAUUACCUGACGAGCCGAGAGCUGCUCAUGAGGGAGGGCACGUCCAAGUUCGCCAACCUGGAGAACUGCGCCAAGGAGCAUCAGAAACGCUCGCAGAAGAGACUGCAGCUGCAGAAAGACACGGGAGCCAUGCAGGGCACUAUUCCGUACCUGGGAACAUUUUUGACGGAUCUGACCAUGCUGGACACGGCACUGCCCGAUCUGGUGGAGGGCGGUCUGAUCAACUUCGAGAAGAGGAGGAGGGAGUUUGAGGUGAUCGCUCAGAUCAAGCUCUUGCAGUCUGCCUGUAACAGUUACUGCCUGAAUCCUGACUCCGCCUUCCUGCGCUGGUUCAGGAACCAACCUCAACACAGCGAGGAGGAGAGCUACGGUCUGUCCUGUGAGAUCGAAGGACUCGGAGACAGCAGUCCCACGUCGCCGAAGUCCCGCACCAGCAUGGUGAAAAGACUGAGUCUGCUUUUCCUGGGACCGGACUCCACCUCGAGCACUGCCACGAGUUCCCCUGUGAGAGAAAUGCCGAGAUCGCCCCCUGCUGGCAGUUCGGGGGAGAGCAUGGACUCGGUCAGCGUGUCGUCCAGCGACUCCGGUCCGUCAGACAGCGAGGGCAUGACCCCUACACACACUCUCCACUCACAAAUGAACAAGAUGUCCGAGUCGUCGUCCUGCACGUCUCUGCACUCCAUGGACACGUCCUCGUCCUCGGCCAGCGGUUCGGCGGCGCCGUGCAGUCACCGCCGCUGCGCAUCGCUAACCCCGUCUCCAACCUCACCGGUGUCGCCCGCGUAUAACACACAGACCCAGGACGCCUGCAUCAUCCGGGUCAGCCUGGAGCACGGCAACGGAAACCUCUACAAGAGCAUCAUGUUAACGAGUCAGGACAAAACCCCGGCCGUCAUCCACAGAGCCAUGGCCAAACACAACCUGGACGAGGAACCGGCCGACGCCUACGAGCUUGUACAGGUCAUUUCAGACGAGAGAGAGUUGGUGAUUCCCGACAACGCCAACGUGUUUUACGCCAUGAACACGUCGGUCAACUUCGACUUCGUCCUGCGCGCCCGCGGCUCCGAGGGACGGCCGGUGCAGCUUCGCUCUCGCUGCAGCUCCACGUUACCGCGCACACAGCCACGCACCAGCCUGUCCCUCAGGCUCAGCAAGGUCACUCUCUGACCUUUGACCCCAAUCACUGUGUGUGUGUGUGAACGUGUAGAUAUACACUCUCUCUCUCUCUCUCUCUCUCUCUCUGAGGACGCUGCAUGAGUGCAAUGCCCUAAAAACUUCCAGUAUUUUGGACUUGAUGUAUUCGUGGCCAGGUGGAGGUGGAGUUCUCAUACCUUCUACUAAAAAUGGACACUCGUGUGCUUUAUCAGUAUUCUGCUCUUAUUGAGCGACUCAUGAUGAUGAUGAUGUUGAUGAAGAUGGGACGCUGACAUCAGAUUAACCCGUGAUGUCAUCGCCGUCUCCGCCAUCGUCGUCGCUCGUGUAUGUGUAUUUUUUUCACGCCCUCAUGUGCACUUAUGCGUCUCGCAAGCUCCUUCUCUCAGCGCCCCCUACAGGCACGACACGGGGACUGUAUGACGAACCGCUCGGGUUCUGAUGGCCUCCGCAUCGUCUCUGCUGACCGACGUGAAGGCUCUCCGACUCGGGAGCGACGGACUGAGCUGAGCCGAGCUCUGAUUGGUUGCACUUGUUAGUAGGUGGGGUCGGAGGUGCAGAAUGAUUAAGUAUUAAAACAAAAACAACGACUGCCCCAAGCUUGAAUGAUUGUAAUAUUGUAUUGUUGUAUUAUUGUACUCCAGUCUUCCAACACUUUAGUGUCAAUAAACACACAACACUAGAAAAAACA